AUGAAGAUAACCUUUUUGACUGAGGAAUGGACUCAAUCGACCAAAGGCAGUUGUUCCACCUUCAUGAGACAGAUGGCCAUAGAACUCUCUAGACUAGAAUAUGUAGAAAUUGGUAUUUUAAUUCCAAGUGCCAGUCCAGAGGAUAAAGAAGAUGCCCGAAAAUACAACACCAAGGUUUUUGAACCUGAAAGAUAUGCAAGCUUUGAACCAGGUGAUUGUCUGCAGUUUCCUCCAAAAGGAUUUAGUACUGACUUUGUCAUUGGUCAGGGCAUUAAGCAUGGAUGUUAUGGACAGGUCCUUAAGAAUAAACUUAGCUGUAAAUGGGUGCAUGUGGUCCUGAAAAAUGCAGAAGAAACGGCAAUGUUCAAGAAAACCCCAGGUGCCAUUUCCGAAGGGCGGAAACAGCAUGAAACUGAGAUCAAAUUGUGUAAAAUCGCUGAUGUAGUUUUAACAGUUGGCUCUAAGCUCAAUAAGGCCUUUAAUGCUGCUCUGUAUCAGUGUAAGAAAGAUCAUAUAUUCAAUCUUAUACCUGGCAUUUUUGAUAAGUUUUUUGGAGAGAAAAAGCAAUACCGAGAGUCAAGGACCUUUGAAGUCCUAGUGUUUGGCAGAGGGAACACUGAAGACUUUGAACUUAAAGGUUUUCAUGUUGCUGCCAAAGCUGUGGCACAUCUUAAUAAGUAUGACCCAUCAUACAUUCUCAAAGUUGUUGGUACCCCCGAGGAAGAACAAGAGAAACUUGCUGAUAGAUUGGAAGGUCUUGGGAUCUCUCGUGGUCAACUGAUUGUGAGAAGUAUUUACAAAGAAAGAAGAAAACUGGCUGAGCUAUUUUUUGAAGUGGAUCUUGUUUUGAUGCCUUCGGGUACAGAGGCAUUUGGUCUCACAGCUUUAGAGGCAUUGUCAGCAGGUGUACCAAUCCUUAUUACCCAUAAUUCUGGCUUGGCAGAGGCUCUAGAGAAAGUACCUGGUGGGAACAAAGGCAUAGUUCAUCACGCAGAUAAUUGGGCUGAGCAAAUCAGGCGAGCACGAAGAAAUCUGAAAACUGAAUUAGACGAGGCAAGCAUGCUACGCAACAGAUAUAAAGAGAAAUACUGUUGGCGGGACCAAUGUGCUGCUUUUGUGAAGAAGCUUAGGGCCUUGCAUUCAGGACAUGCUGAGGAAAUACAACAAGAGUCCCGAGGCAAAAGGUUUUCAGCUCGAAAGAGAGUGGCUGUUGCUGAUAUAAAAAAGGCGGAGAGAGAUAAUGAAGAUGGCCACAAAGCAAAGAAGAGCAGAGAAACUGGGAUACGAGAUACCACGAAAAUUUCACCAGUUGGGGAAAAGAAAGCAGAAAAAAAGAGUGAUCAGAAAGCCAUCUACCCAUCAGAACCUGGCGAAGAAGACAGGAGCGUGAUUGAAAUUGGUUUAUUAGAGGAUGAAGAUGAAAGUUCUGAUGAUGAACCAUGUGCCUCUGGACAAAAUGUGGCUGGUUAG